AUGAAUGCCAUCAAGAUUCCGGAGAGCGGGGUGCUGCUCAAGGGCGCUCCUGGCGAGGAUUCCGAUCCUCUGCCUCAGCAGGCCUUUGCAUUCUCCCUCAGCGAUAAUGUCAUCGAAGACAUGAUCAAAUGCGUUCAGGAUGGCGGAGACUUGCAAUUGGCACUGGGGUCCAAACCUACCCUCCGCUACGACUCGAAAUCGCAUCGCAUCACCCCUCCACCCGACGACCACCCCUACGAUCUCUAUCUCACGCAACCCUACAACUCCCUGCGAGAGGCCACCCACAUUCCCGCCAUGUCCCUCUUCCAUACGCCGAAGCCGAACAAGGCCGCGUCCAAGGCUGCACCUCCUGCAAAGGGAGCUUCGGCCAAGGCCAAGGCCCAGCACGGCAAAGGCUCCUCAAACUCGGAUAUCGAUUCCGACAUGGAGACUCUGCAGAACGGCAUUGCCGCCGACAAGGCUGCCAAGGAGACAUCCGUGCUCCUGUCCGGACCGCUCGACCCGAAGCGACAGGCCAAGAUGAAGAAUAAGCUCUCCUGGGGCAACGGCAACACCAACCGGUCGCUUUCGAUCUCGCCCGCCAUCAAGCCGAUCUCACCGUCGAUGAACCCGACCCUCUCCUCCGCGGAGCGCGUCAAGCAGCAGCGCAUCCCUCUGAUACACGAGCUGGCCGUCGGCGAGCAGACGACAAGUUACCUGCAGAAGAAAUGGACGUCGAAACCCGAAGACUUCCGGCCGGCACUCGAAAAGGUGGCCGACGGAAGCGGCGACGGCAAAAAGUGGACACUGCGAAAGGUUUACUGGAAGGAACUGGACGUCUGGAACUACGACUACGACAGCGAAGAGGUUCGGCAGCAGGCGAUCAAGAACGCCAUCAGGCAAUACGACAAGCAGCGGCUCUCGGCAUCGGACCCGGAAUGGGAGAGGCUCAACCCCCCCGACGACCGGGGCAAGGGCAUAUGCCUGAGCGCGCUUCAGAGCAGGAUCAACAAGGCGUCUACGCCGUCCAUCAAGGUCCAGAGGGCGGAUGACAGCCCGUCGUCCAGGGAUGACGGCGAGCUGGAUGAGGGCGAGAAGCACAAGAGCGAGUCCAUGUCGAGAUCGAGCUCGAACCCUCUGCCCAAGGCAAAGAAGGUCAGCGCGUCGGAGGCUCAGGCCAAGAGGCUGCUGAGCAGCAGCGGCGGCAACAACGGCAACGGCAACAAGACCAAGGCCGCCCCGCAGAAGCGAUCGCCGAGCAAGCCCAAGCCGGCAAGGGAGGGCGGAGGGAAGCAGCAGCCGUUGUCGCAGGAGUUCAUCGAGAACUCGGAUUCAUCCGAAGACGAUCCGGUGGCAAGGCCGGAACCGCCCAAGAAGGCGGCCGCCAAGGUCUCGGACAAGUCGGCCGCCAGGACUGCGAGCAAGCCUGCCGAGAAGCCCGUCGAGAAGCCCGCCGAGAAGCCCGCCGCGAAACCGACCGACAGGGCGGCGUCCAAGCCGGUGGACAGGAAGCCCAAGGCGGCCGCGGCCGCACCCGUACAGAGGCCGGCGGCGACCAAGACGGCACCGAAGCGGCCGCUGUCGGACGACGACUCGUCGUCCAGCUCGGGCACGCCACUGUCGAAGCGCAUCAAGCCCAAGCAGCCGCUGCCGAGCGGCCAGCCGGCCAAGAAACGGCCGCUGGACUCGCGCCAGGCCCACCGCGACGCAGCACCGGCGGCGAGCAAGAACAAGAGCACGUCGCCGACCAAGUCGUCACCCCUGGCGGCGUCUCCACCCACCAACGCGUCGGACGUGUCGGACGAUCCGCCGCCUCCGAGCAGGAAGCGCAAGUCCGAGAUGGACAACCACCGGGUCCCGCCGGCCAAGCGACCGCAGGUGUCACCCGAUCUGGUGACCCGAGCUCAGAAAUUCAAGAUCAAGUACUCGCAGUACGAGGCCCUCCACCACGAGAUCUCGGCCCUGACGGAUCCACCUCAGAGCAAGCUGGAUCAUCUCCGGUACAUGAGGGAGGGCCUGGAGCGAAUGAAGGCGGAGAUUUACAAGAGUUAUAAUGCUUGA